AUGCUGUCUUCGUCGUCGCAGUCGAUCCACCGAGACGGACAGAUUUGGGGAUCCAGCUCUGCAAGAGUCCGAGAUGGAAAGAGCAGUGUCGGUGGAACGCUCCAGCCGAUCAAUCCACGAGCUCAUGCCACCGUGACUACCAUUCCAAACAACGAAGCCAGUCUGUACAUGGAUGACUUCUGUCUCGAUACUCCAUCAUUUGUGACGCUGGCCAGUGCAAUGAAGAUGCGAGUCUGUGAAGUAUUUUGGCGCCAGGUGCACGUACAACUCAUCUGCUCUAGCGAACUAUCAACGGAGCAAUUCAAGCAAUACUCAGCGGUCAUGUGUGUCCGCCGUCGUCGUGGAUGUCUUGGCAGCUCAGCACUUGCAAUUUCCCUAGAUCGACGCAUGCAUCCUGUGCGAAUGUUAUCGACAAAGGCGAAGGACUCACGAAAGUUAAUGAUCGGCAUCGAGUACGGUUGGCGAUCGAAGCGUGUGUGGUUCCGCGCACCCAACGCUGCAGUCUACGAGCAGUGGAACACUGUCAUUCGAGCUGCAUUACAUGGAAAUGGUGGAGGAUUCGACGAAGAAGAAUCCCUCGCCAAGUGGUUUGAGCGUAGCGGUGUUUCCAUGAUGGAGACCGCGACAACAAGCGGCUUUUGCAGCAUGGAACGCUUCAGCACCGACUCGUACGGACGAGGCUGUUCGGCCAGCUACAAGUCCGAUAUCCCCGACGACGAGUGGUGUGCAGGCGGGCGUGGUAGUAAAACCGAGGACGCAGGUAAUCCGGCUGAACGAAACCACUACAUCAACUCCUUAUCGUUGAUCUGUGCACGUUACCGAGGUACCAACCGUGAACACACCGACACGAUGAUCUGGAGGGGAAGACCCGCCUUCUCCUUCACCGGACCGGACAACAUGCGCUACGAAUCGUAGACAACGCUCCGUAACAAUUGCGUCAAUAUAUUUCCGUGAGUUUUGAGC